GAGCCUUAGAAAAUCCUUUUCGCAACUGAGAGGUGGGGUAUCUCAGCAAAAUCUUUCCCAUUAAGAAUAUACAUGUUUGUGUGUUUAACUCAGCAAAAUUUGCUGAGCUCAGCAAAAAUUGCUGGGCACAGCAAUUAAUUUUCAAAAUGGCCAAAACAGCUGAUUUACGAAAAAAAUCAAAACAAAAAAUUCCAGACGAAAACAAGAACAAGAGUAUAUACGCACGCCGCUUUUUUUUAUUUGAUUUAAAUGAAAAAAAUCAAAAAUUUUCUAUAUUCAUGGAACAAACAACCAAUAGAAGAAGAGACUGGCGCAAACUGGUGAAAAAAUUGCAAAGAAAACGCCGAAGACAAAAAAUUGCCCAACAAAGGGAUAAGAAUUUACAGGAAGUUGAGUUAGAAAAGCUAAAAGAUCCCUUAUACAAAACGAAGAUGGAACAACAAGAGCAACUUGAACAGCAACAACAGAGGGAAGAGGCAAGUGAACGUCAACUGCAGGAGGAGCUUUGGCUGCGUAGGGAACUGUUGGCACAAGAGCAAUUUAAAAGAGAUGAAUUAAAAAGGCAGGAGGAAGAGGCAAAAUUAAUAGCUGAACUAAUUAAAAAAGAGGAGGAAUUAAAAAGGCAAGAAGAAGUGCGUAGGAAAAAACGGGAAGAGCUAAAUUUACGUGCCGAAAGAGAGGCCAAAGAAUUUGAGGAUCUCAUGUUGUGUAUGCAACAAUAUUUGGAGGACAGCAGCAUGAAAACCCCUGAACGAUUAGACCGUUGUAUGGAAACUAAAUCUGGAGAGAAACCAUGUGAAUUUUUCUUAAAAACUAAUUCUUGUCGUUUUGGAUCCGUCUGUUCGUUUAAUCAUAAAAGACCUUUGCUGGCCAAAACCCUCUUAAUUAGACAUUUCUUUCAACAUCCAUUGCUGGAGCAACAAAAACAUGAAGAAUAUUCCAGGUCUGAUAGUGAAUUAGAGUUGAGUGAACGCGAUUUGCGUGAUGCAUAUGAUGAAUUCUGUGGAGAUGUUUGGCCUGUAUUAGAAGAAUUUGGUACCAUUGUCAAUUUUCGAGCAGUACGUAAUGUGCAAAGUCACUUUAGGGGCAAUGUUUUUGUGGAAUAUGCCGACAAAAGAUCUGCUUUAAAAGCCUUUAUGAAUCUUCAUAAUCGUUAUUAUGCUUCGAAACGUUUAAAUGUUGAGUUUUCCAAUAUACGCGCCUGGCGCACUGGAGUUUGUGGUUUAUCGUUAGGCCGAAAAUGUCCCAAGGGUGUGGAAUGUAACUUUUUUCAUUUCAUGAAAAAUAAGGACAAUAAAUACAACAAACAUAUUUUAAAUCGGGAAAUAAAAACUCCAAGUGUGACCCCAGUUUCAAGAAGAAGGCAAGAAACACCGCUCAUAAGCAGUGGUUGGAGUACCGUAGAUUCUCGUAAAAGUCAAAAAAUAUACUCACGCAACUGGCGCUGGUCUGAAAGUCCAGAAAUUGAACUUAAAUCCAAAACUGAGUUACAUACAACACAUGGACACUCAUCUAGUUCGAAAGGAAAUCAUUCAUCACACAAAAAUUCCAGAUCUAAAAGUCCAAAUUCUUAUUCAUUACACAAAAAAUCAAGAUCUAAAAGUCCAGAUACUCAUUAUAAUAAAAAUUCGAAAAGAUCUGCAGCUGUUAGUACAAAAUCAAAUCGGGAAGAAAAAUCUCCAAAAUCACGAUCUCGUAGUCCAUAUUACGAACGCCGUAAAACGGAAAGGAAGAAAGCGAGAAAUAAAAGUCCCGAUUCCAGACAUAAACGUUAUAAAUCUAAAUCUCCCGCUGAAAAAUAUAAAACAAAAUCUAAGCGAUAUAAUUAAGCCCAAAGGUAAGAAUGUUUCUUUCUUUUUUCCUAAUUGCACAUAAUGGAUUUUUUUUUAAUGGUAGAAAUCAUGAGUUUUAAACUUUUUGAAAACAAAGGAACAAAAGAACAAAAACUUGAAACUAAAAAUAUUUUUAUACUAGAUUUUACUAAUUAACUGCAUAUUAAGAACAUUGAACGUUUUAACGGUUAAUUUUAUGUAACCUAUUGCGAAUAAUGCUUCCAAGUAUUACAUAAAAAUUUAUGUAUUAAUUUCCACUUA